UUUAAAAUUGUAUUAGUGAUAGAAAGGGAUUUGUUUGUUCUGUCUUUAGUAGUUGUAGUUCCAUUUCAAUAGUCUUUCAUGCCAAAAAUAAUACAUAGCAUCAUGUUCUUGUUUGCAUACUGUGGUUGAGAACAGAGCAGCACAGUUAUCUUUAUUUAUAUCACUCGAUUAAACAAAACAAGGACAAAUACGUGUUCAUAUUUGCCUGCAGAAAGCACAAGUCUGUAGCAAACAGGAAGGACAACAUCACAUCUCAUCACAUCAGGAAGAGACAAAAUGAUGACCAUCUACCUGAUCUUUGUAGCUCUCACAGCAAUGGUUCUGGCAAAAGGAUCUACUGAAUGUAACUUUAGCGACUCGACUGGAUUCCGUCAGUGUCACGGCGCAGAAGGACAGCAGCUCAUUUUCCACCUUUCAAAUGAAACAAACACUGAGCUGAGGUUGAUCAAAGAUGCAAAAUACAGGAUUUUUAAGAAAACUAAAAAUGGGACAGUGACACUGGACGAGGCAUAUAUUUGUCCAAUAUUCCAAAUCCAGAAGGGAAAAUUAAACUUAGGAACAGCCACGAAAAGACACGCUGGACAAUAUCGACUGGAAGAAUACGGAUUUGAUGACGGGAAAAUAAUGAAACAAGCUGAGCUGAAUCUGACAAUUCAUGCUCUGAUAUCAAAGCCAACCGUGUCUCAGGUGUGUUUUUCAUCUCAAGUGAGGGCAAUCACCUGCUCCUCCAAGGAGGACGGGGCCGAAUUCCUUUUGACUGUGGAUGAUAACAUUCUGAUUCAAAGCAAACAUAGUCGGUUCCUGAACAGCACAGGUAAAGACUCCAACGUCUCAAGUGUUUCCAUCAACAUUCACGGACAGCUGACUGGAAAGUUUGUGUGCCAAGUACGGAACAAUUACUGCAGAAAUGAAACCGUUUUUCAUCUGAUGGCAUGCAAAGGUUCUGACACUGCUAUACGUGUGCUAGCUUUCAUUGUCAAAUUCCUUCUGCUUUUGGCCUUUGGACUACUUCUAAUCAAAUGUGUUAAAAAAACAAAAAACGCACCAACCAGUAAGGGCACCCAUGAGGACGAAAUUGUCUAUUCAGAUAUUAAAAUGCUGGAAAACCCUCAUACAGCUGAACCUAACAUACAAGAACAUGCUGAGUAACUGAUGACACCUGUACCUGCUCAAUUUUGAGUCAGUCUUCAUCAGCGAUUAUUCAAUUUUGUGCCUAUAGAAUUGUUUGUGUUUUCUAGGUAAAAGUGCCUCAAAAUACUGCUUCUUAGUACAGUUUUUGUAUUAUGUAUGAUAUUGUAAAAUCUAAAAGGUUCUUGGAGUGAGAAUGACAUCUUGUGGUGAGACUUGAGUACUGCAGUCCCUGUUUAAAAACAAAAGAGUACUCGCUCUGCGCCCAAAAUGCCCUCAAAAGACUUUACAACUUUGCUAGCUCACAUAUACUGGACUCUGGAAAAAGGAAGUAUACAGAUGGGUGAGAUUGUAAACAACAACUACGUCCCUCUUCAGCCUCUUUAAAAGGAGAAAAAUGUGCCAACGCCAAGCUGGCUGAGAAGGAAAUCUGUUUCAAUGUAACCUUCCUUCAUCUAUGUUUCAAAAUCUCCCAUGUUGCACCUUUAAAUGUCUCAUUAGAAAAUGUAAAAAAAAAUAAAUACCUGUUUCCUAUUUCGUAGCAAUCAAGGUUAAAAUGAUAUACGUUUGAAGGUUUUCAUUUAAAGUUCAUUUUAAUUUUCUCUUUCCUUUUGAUUUCCAACAUAUACAAUAAGUCAUCAGUGAUAUCCACAGGAAGAAAAGUGUAAUUACAGGUACUGAACGCAGUGAAUAGCCACAGGUUGACCAUAUUUGGGGAGGUAAACUGUCCCACUUAUUAUUGUCAUUUGUAGUUUAAUUUCUUAUCUUUUUUUUCCAUUGAAUACAAAUCAGCAUUUGUGCAUUCAUAUUUACCAUUUGUAAAUAGGUAACAUUAGAAUUUUAACGAAAUAAA